CGUCAUCCCAUGAGAUUCAAAUGCAUACGCAGCGAGUCAUACGGCAUUGUAGGCUAUGAUGAUGAUAGACGGGAUGGACUAGUUGGCGAAACGAUCUCUCGCUACAGGCCGAGCGACUAUAUGACGGCUGUGAAGAUAGAGGUACCUUAUCGUCGUCGCACACACCAAUGAGAGAUACAGUGGUGGGUGAUGUCGGACGCUCGAGUUCGUUUCGCUCAUUUUGCAGGCUGCCACAACGGUUAUGAUGUGAUGGCGAUGAAGUGGUGGCGAAAGGGACUGGUCAUAGGACAAAGUUCGAGGAGAUGAUGCAGUUAGAUGUCCGAUUCGUGUUUUCCCCUCAGUCCGUCUCUCAUGGUCUGGAGAAGUCGUGUCUCUUAUUCCGGACCCUUUGUUGUCCUUCCCUCUCGUGAUCAGAGCUCAAGAGUUCCAGUUUUAAUCAUACGACGUUUAAGCCCUGCAUGCUCGAUUGCCUUCGCUGUAAC